CUGCAUGGCAGGGGGCUUUAUCCAGCACCGAUUAGAGAUGUCAGAUAGAGUCUGAUCAUGCUGAGUCAGGCGCAUUGCAGUUUGGUUUGAGAUCAAUAAUUUUUCAAUCAACAUCCUUGUGAAAUUGGGAUGAUAGCGUUUUUUUAUUAAUAAAUUACAAUUAUCCCGCAAAAAGCCCAGACCAGCAUUCCUCCUGAUGUCGGGAGAUUCAGACUCCAAGAACUACUGCUUCUCUGUGCUGCAGGACCAAGAUGGAACUUCCUGCAGCUCCAUGGCACAGCUGCAUCAGAUGGGCGGCUACAGCCAAGGUGGGCCUGACUUAGGCCUCCCAUCGGAGGGCAGCGACAGUAGAGGUCAGCACCCUCCUGCCUCGCAGCACAAGCAUCGCAAGAUCCCCCGCUCUCGAUCGCUCCCCGAGGAGGACAUGGAGAUGAAGAGCAGUGGCUCCAGCGGUAGUGGAACUGAAUCACACAGCAAUGAAAGCCACGGCAACACAAGCCAUGGCACUGAGAGUCUUGGCCAUGCCUCAAUGGGCAGCUCCAAUGGCACCAGUAAGGACUCUGCAAUACUGGAAUCUUCUGAAAGCAACAAAAGCUCAAACUCUCACAGUCCGUCUCCUACGAGCAGCUCCAACGCCUUCAGUCUGCUGAGCUCAGAGCAGGACAACCCAUCAACCAGCGGCUGCAGUAGUCAGGAGUCUGCCAAAGCUAAGACCCAGAAGGAGAUGAUUAAAACUCUGAAAGAGCUGAAGCUUCACAUGCCCACUGAGAAGAGACACAACAGCAAGUCCUCUACACUGAACACCCUCAAGUACGCACUGAGCUGCGUCAAACAGGUGGAAGCCAAUGAGGAGUAUAAGCUGCUGAUGACCAAUGACAGUCAACCUUCAGGCCAGGAUGUAUCCUCUUAUACGAUAGAGGAGAUAGACAGCAUUACUUCAGAAUACACCCUCAAAAACAAUGACAUGUUUGCAGUAGCAGUGUCUCUCACCACAGGAAGAAUAGUGUACAUUUCUGAUCAGGCUGCCUCCAUCCUAAAGUGCAAAAGAGACAUGUUUAAGAACAGCAAGUUUGUGGAGUUCCUGGCGCCGCAGGAUGUUAGCGUGUUCUACAGCUUCACAACGCCGUACCGCCUGCCCUCCUGGAGCAUGUGCACCGGAGCAGAGUCAUCACCGCCUGACUCCAUGCAGAAGAAGUCCUUCUUCUGUCGUAUCAGUGGUGGUAAGAAAAGCGAGGGCUUUCUGCAGUACUAUCCAUUCCGCAUGACGCCCUACCGGAUGAAGGUCCCAGAUACAAUGCAUGCUGAAGACCAGUUCUGCUGCCUCCUGCUGGCAGAGAGAGUUCACUCUGGUUAUGAUGCACCCAGAAUUCUAUCUGACAAACGCGUCUUCACCACCACACACACACCGAGUUGCUUGUUUCAGGAUGUUGAUGAGAGGGCGGUUCCUCUCCUUGGUUCUCCCCAAGACCUCAUUGGCACACAAAUUCUCCUCCACCUGCAUCCCAAUGACCGACCGAUUAUGUUGGCCAUUCACAAAAAGAUUCUUCAAUUUGCAGGACAACCAUUCGACCACUCCUCCAUCCGGUUCUGUGCGCGAAAUGGAGAAUACCUCAUUCUGGACACCAGCUGGUCCAGUUUUGUCAACCCCUGGAGCCGCAAGGUGUCCUUUGUUAUGGGAAGACACAAAGUGCGAAUGGGCCCUGUGAACGAAGAUGUUUUCUCGGCCCCUGUCUCAACUGUCAUUGAGAUGAAAACCAUGGACAAUGACAUCCAGGAGAUUACUGAGCAGAUCCACCGGCUCCUGCUACAGCCGGUCCAUAACAGUGGUUACUGCAGUCUGACAAGAAACGACCACCUUGUGGGCAUGAGCUCCUCUAACGAGAGCCUUAACAACAGCAACGGGGCCAAGAUCCAACAAGAGGAGGAGGAAGUGAGCGACAAAGCACGACUGCGGACCUUUCAGGAAAUAUGUAAAGGAAUACAUCUUCAGAAAAGCCUUGAGCAUCAGACAACCAAACCAGACAUCAAGAAAAGCAAUGGCAUAGAGUGUGAACAGAGACACUCGACGGCGGUGCGGCCCAAAGACUCGACGCCCCUCCACUGGAAAGACACUGGGGUCACGAUGGAGGAGAACCGGUCCUCCUCCAACGAGGACACGGUCUUCAAAGAUCAGAACGCCUACUCCUAUCAGCAGAUCAGCUGUCUGGACAGUGUUGUCAGGUACUUGGAGAGCUGUAAUGUUCCCAUCAGUAUGAAAAGGAAGUUCCAUUCUUCCUCUAACACCACGUCCUCUAACUCGGAUGAGGACAAACAGAAAGGACCUCACAGCAUGCAGGUGUCUGAAGAGAUCAUAGGGGAAUCCAGCCAUAGCCCCGGGGUUCCUCUCUGUGUCGUUUCACCUCCCAGUCACGAGAGGGAGUCCUAUAAGAAACUCGGGUUGACCAAGCAGGUUUUGGCAGCCUAUACGCAGAAGGAGGAGCAGACCUUUCUGUAUCACUUCAAGGAGCAUCGAGGACUUACAGCGCUUAAAGAAAACUGCUCUCAGUACCUGGAGCGUCAGAGGGAACAGAUCGCCAGCUAUGCUAUACCCGCUGCUCAGUCCUCCAAGCAGGAUGAACCGAGUGCAGAGCCCACCGCUCGGCGAGGCACACGGAACAAGAAGACCAAGUCAAAGCGGGCGAAGCAGAUGGAGUCCUCCGACAGCACCGUGUCCCACCACAGACAGCAACACCUGCGGUCCCCUCUCCUGACCCACGGCCUCAACCUGACCUCCUGGUCGAGCUCUGACACCUCGCAGUCAAACUUCCCCAUGGCCUACCCCUCAGUGAUGCCAGGCUACCCCCUCCCGGUUUACCCCAGAGCCAAUUCCAUGGCCCCCCGCACAGAUGCCACUCAUCAAGGCUUUGUGGACAAUCGGGGCACCCAGCCCCCUCCCUGCCCACAGCCCAUCCACCCUGCUCCAUUCAGCACCCCUAUGGUCACUCCUAUUGUGGCUCUAAUGCUGCCCAUGCCCUUCUCUCCAUUGGCCCCCUCACUGCAAUCUCCACAGCCAGUGUUCCACACAGCCACUGCUGGCUUCCCCACCCAAAUGCAGCCUUUUAGUCCGGUUGCCUUUCCAGUCCGGGUCCACUUCGCAGCUUCACCGUCCUUCACUGUCCAGAGCCAGUUCAACUCGAACCACUUUGCUCUCCAAUCGAACUACAUCCCCUCUGCGUUCUACUUUCCUCCAGUCCUGGAAACCUCAAAGGCGCCCGUGGUUGAGAGCCAGUCUCGCUCCUCCACGCCACAGUCUGGAGGCCCGGCGUCUCCACCCCUGUUUCAGUCUCGCUGCAGCUCACCCCUCAACCUGCUGGAGCUGGAGCUGUGUGUGGACCGGCAGGACUGCACAGCACUCUCCUCUGGAGGGCAAGGGAAUAAUAUGGCAGAAUGGGAGAUGGGAGCCAGUGGAAACCAGGCCAAAGAGAGGGAGAUGAAGCAGCCUUCUCUCAGUCUCCUUGGUCCACCUGGACCCUUGUAUUGCGAGGGCUCGCACUGUGUCUGUGAUCGUUUGUCUUGGGAUAAAGUGUGCUCUAGAAGGUCUUGCAGCAAAGAGACAAGUUCACGUGGCGAUGGGAACAACAGUGACGGCAACUCUUUCUCCAGCGACAUGUUGGACAUUAUUCUCCACGAGGACUCCGGCUCAGCCGACUCGGGCUCCAUGGGCUCCGGAUCGAACGGCUGUGGUACUUCAGCCAGUGGGACCUCCAAUAGCAGGACGUCUAACAGUAGGACAUCAAACAGCGGGACAUCAAAGAGCAGGACGUCAGCCAGUGGGACGUCUGGCAGUGGAAAAGGAAGCAACAACAGUAGUAACUACUUUGGCAGCGUGGACUCGUCCCAGAUCAGCCAGAAGGUCAAAGGUCACCUGAAUGGCAGCGACAGCAGGCCUUUGGAGAUGGACCAGAGUGAACAUUUCAUCACUGACAUCCAGAGAGUGCUCAGAGACGACAGAGAGAAGCUGAGGCUGCUGGAGAAGACAGAGGAGCAGAAGAAGGAGCUGAUGGAGGUGCACACCUGGAUUAAGAGAGGAGGUCUUCCAAAGGAGAUAGACAUCAAGGCGUGCUCCUGCUGUAACGGUGCCUCGGAGGCAGCAGCGGUGGAGGAGGAACAGGCAAACCUUGACCUCGGUGAAACGGAGGCGCUGGAGGAGGGCUGCCAGCGGAGGCCCAGAGAGGAACCCUCCAACUCUCUCUCAGAGACAACCAGCUAGAAAACAAACUCAUCAAUAUCUUCAAAGUGUCCCCUAUUACCCGUCAGACUCUGUUUCUGCACAACUGUGAAAAGUGGCCUUCUUUGCGUGAAGCAUCAAACAGGCCCUUUGCUCUUCUCACAACAUUCCUUACUGUCUUAAGUUAAAACUUGUGUUGAAUGUAAAUAUAUACGAGUGCUGGAUUCUGUGACUGCGUAUGAUCAUUCACUCAUUCCGUUUAGCGCUUAAUAUAGUGCAGCCUCUGCACUGAUAGGUCAUAGGUGAAACACAAUGUGUGCUUAUGCACCAGGCAGCACAGUAGAGGUCAAACACACACCGACAGACCAGAGGCUGCGUCACUCACGUGGCAAGAAGUGGCUCUUUGGUGUUCAAACUGCUGCGGUAAAAGAGUUGAUUCAGCUUUUUGUGACGUGAUUUUCUCAGUUACAACAACAGCACGCUGAGUCAGCAUGUGGUAAAAACAGGCGGAGUUACAUUUCAGGCACUCCUGUUCAGGCAUGCAUAGCCAUCAAGCACUAAAUGAACGCACAACUGCACUUUGUGAGCUACACAUGGAGGAAAAGAUGAGAGGUGUUGUGUUUAGUCACUAAUAGCAAAUUAAUGUCCAAAAUAUAAACUUUCUCCCGAAUGCAGCAGGCAUGGACUCACCAUCUGAAGCUUUUCACCAACUCCAUCCCCUGAAAACGUACUCCCAUACAAGGCAAUACUAAACGUACAAUAUUAUAUAUUGAACGUAAGUGAUGUAAUACUAUAACGUAUCAUAAAAUGGAAACGUUAAUGUGUUACUGAUCGCCAGUGCAAUGUAGGGGGAACGGGUGAAAAACCUAGAAUAAAGCUAGAUUUAUUCCAUGUUAUAAUGUUUAUGAGAAUGUAUCAUUAAAAGGGAGCUUUGUGUCACUUGAAACCUUAUGAUGCUUUAAGCCAGUGGUCCCCAAACUAAGUCCCGCGGGCCGGGUACGGC